CUGGAGGUGCUGCGCACACACACACACACACACACACACACACACACACACACGCCACGUCUGAGCAGAGCGACAGUGCCAAGGCUGCUGCAGGAGACAGAACCCCGACCUCUGUUGCCCGGAGAGACGGAGCCUGUGACUGGAGAGGCUGCUGAGCAGGGCCUGGCCGGGCCCUGCCCACAAGGACGCCCAAGCCCCACACCGGCCCCCGAGUCUGGGAGUCCACCAGGCUCUCCUGCUGGUCCCACCAUGACUUCGGAGCCCAGGUCACCUCCUGUUGUGCCCCCGCUGCACUCCCCUAAGUCCCCUGUCUGGCCUACCUUCCCCUUCCACCGGGAGGGCAGCCGUGUCUGGGAGCGGGGUGGUAUCUCCUCUCGAGAUCUGCCCAGCCCUCUGCCCACCAAACGGACCAGGACGUAUUCUGCGACAGCCCGUGCCUCGGCUGGGCCCGUAUUCAAGGGCGUCUGUAAGCAGUUCUCACGCUCACAGGGCCAUGGCUUCAUCACCCCUGAGAACGGGUCAGAGGACAUCUUUGUUCAUGUGUCUGACAUUGAGGGGGAGUACGUGCCAGUGGAGGGUGACGAGGUGACCUACAAGAUGUGCCCCAUCCCACCCAAGAACCAGAAGUUCCAGGCCGUGGAGGUGGUGCUCACCCAGCUGGCCCCCCACACGCCCCAUGAGACGUGGUCUGGCCAGGUGGUAGGCUCCUAGGCUGGGUGGACAUGUGCCAGCUGCCAGGCCAGUGGGGGGCCGCACAGGGUGAACGGGCAGCAGCCGGCGCUAUGCCCCAUCGCACUGGCUGACCCAGGCCCCCGGGCAGCCUCAGUGUGCACGUCUGUCUGUCUGUACUUGUGGCUGUGAGCGUGUGCCCUUCCCCCACCCCGUGCCCCAUGACUGUUGUGUGAGCUGGACCAGGAAGAGGCCCCAGACCUGCCUUCUCCCGAGUGUCCACUUUCUCUCUCUCCCUCUCUCACCACCCUGCCCUCCUAGCCACGACUGACUUGAAGCCUAGUGCUGGGGGGACACCAGCGGACCCCACUACACAAGCUUGCUCCUCUGCCUCUGCCCUAGCUCAGAGACCAGACUCUGCUUGUGUGUAUCACCCACCACCACGCAGGAGCACUCAAGGGUGCCUCCUAGCCUCUGGCAGGGGUGGGGGGGAUAGAAUCAGGCCCCUCAACACACUGCAGAGGCAGGAAAGGGGCCAAUGGUAGCCGGCAGUCUGGGGCCUCCUCCUUGGCUGGCCAGAGACCCUCCUCAGUCAGCAAUGGGCAAUAGCUCUGAACCCCAAAUUGAGGUCUUUUCCUCUCCCCUUGUCAUACUGAGCCCUGCCGUCUCCACUCCCUGAGGAGGAUGGGGACAUCCCCAGUGGAGGAAGAGCCACCCCUUCAUGCUGGCUCAAAGCCCCACUGACACCCUGCUCUGCACCGGGGACCCAGCAAUGGACACACACCAGUCCUCAUACAGGGCCAGUGCAGGAACCCCAGGACAGCCCUCAGCCUGGGGUCACCAGCCCUGCAACCCCCUUGCUGGGUGUGGGCCCUUUUCCACCUGUCCUUAAGAUGUGUGGCUGUCCCUCUGGCGUCUCAUCUCUCUAUGCUGAGCGUGUGUCUGUGUAUGUUCAGGUGCAUUCACUGUGGUCGGGACUGGCCUGGCCUGGGAGGAGGGAAAGAGAGGCUCUCCCUCAAUCCACACUGCCCACCCCCGACCCAACAUGCCCAGAAAGUACAUCAUCUAACAAGGAAGUAUAGAAGCAGAGUUCAAGAGAGGGCUUGCCAGGGACAGUGACCUUUUAAUACCCACUUACGAAACAAAAAAAAACCGGUUUGCAUGCCCAGGAUAGAGGGUGGUCAGUAACUAUCUAGGAUGACCCCUGGCCUGCAGGAGCCAGGACCCUCAGAGUAGAGAACAGCUGGAGUGUGUGCAUCCCCACCCCCACCACGCAGAGGCUGGGAGCCCAGAGGUAUUGCCAUGUGCUGGCCAGCACCCCAAAACUGGAAGCCUGACCUCCCAGUCUGAGCUGGCCUUUCUGGAGGCCUUUCUCCCAAGGAACAGACUCUUCCCUUGGUAGGUUUAUUGGUGCAGGCUAACCGCUGUGGUCCCCUAGACCUCCUUCCUGUGAGUAGACCCCCUUCCAUAGGCAUUAGCCAGGAGGCAGGAUGUGUGACCUCAGCCCUGGGACCAACAGUGGCAGAGGGGCAGCAGCAUCCUUUCCACCCAGGCUCCUCAGAAGCCCUGAGGCGCCCAGCCACCCCGACUUCCCCAUCCUUCCUAACACUGGCAAUAAACCCUCAACUGUGACUCA